UUAAUUUUUAAUUUUUUUUUUUUUGUAACAUCAAAAGUUCAUUUUUGAGGUAAACAGAAAAUCCAGCUUAUUAUAGUUUACUGGGACUAACAACCCCCGGACAAAUUUGGAAAAAAAAUUCUGCAAAGUGGGUGGUGCUUUAAGGAACAAUGAGACACAGCCUAGUGUGGGGCCACAUGUAGAGGGGAUAAGCAAGGCUGUAGUAAGCGCCGUUACCAACUUGGUACUUUGUGGUUAUAGUUUUCUCCAAGUUGCGCUUAAGAAAGUAUGAACAUGGGCAAAACUGAGGAACUCUAUCAAUCAACCAACUGGAUAUUAAAGUAUGUCACCGGAGAUUUGUUCUCCUGUCCACGCGAUGAAUCCUUGGCCCACUGCAUCAGUGAAGACUGUCGCAUGGGAGCAGGCAUAGCGGUGAUGUUCAAGAAGAAGUUUGGUCGAGUCUCAGAGUUAAAGGAGCAGAAGAAGCUGCCGGGGCAGUGUGCUGUCCUGACACAUGAUCAACGUUUCAUCUACUAUCUGAUCACAAAGAAAAAAGCCAGCCAGAAACCCACGUAUGUCAACCUAAGACAGAGUCUGGAAGACAUGAAAUCUCACUGCUUAGAAAAUGGUGUCAAUAGGAUAUCAAUACCCCGAAUUGGCUGUGGCCUGGACCAGCUGCAGUGGUCAAAGGUGUCAAAGAUCCUGGAACAGAUCUUUAAAGAGACAAAUAUCUCCAUCACAGUGUACAGCCUGCCCUGUGUUGGGUCAAAGCUUCAAAUGCAUGCCAUGUAGUACAUUUUCAUUGGGGGUUUUUUAGCUUUAAAUCCUUUAUAAUCCCUUAAAAUUUUGGAUGAAAUCAACACUCCUUAAACGGUUUUAAGGAAAUAAUAAAUAAGGAAACAAUAAAAACCUCCACAUGAGAUGUUUAGAUACAAGACUUUUAACAUCCUGCUGAUGUAAAAAUGAUGUUUCCUGUCAUUAAAGAUACGAAACUUAUUGUAAACACUGAUGUUGCACUCUGUCACUAUCGCACUACAUGAUGCUACUACUAAAUCAUGCUACAUAAAGUGAUACAACAAAUCACAUGAGGCAGGUAAAAUACAAUAGUUAUGCCUAAAAUUUGUUUUUUUGUUUUUCUAAAUCUAUAUAGUUGUUGAAAACGUAGCUUUUCCUGUGAAUCUGUAAAUCUAAAUUGUGAAAGAGUUUGCUUCUCUAGCUUUAUUUUCCUGACCCAAAUUCAGGAGCAAGAUUGCUGUCACAAGUUUUUUUUGUCAUGAGUUUUUAGUGAUUCUGAUGCUUGACUUUUUUAGUAUUUGUAACCUGUGAAUGAUGUUGUACAGGAUACUAUGACUUAUAUCUUUGAAAAUUGCUUUGUAAAUAAAAUUUAAGAUCAUGGUUUUUGACAACCUGUACCUGUUAAAACACCAGGCAACGGUAUGUAGGAAAAUGCAAUUUGAAAUUUUUAAAAAUUUCUUAGUUUUGCCUCUAAAAUGAACUUUUGAUGUUACAAAAAAAAAAAAAUUAAAAAUUAAAAAUACCAAUCUU